AUGGUUUUGCCCAAUGGCGUAGGAGUGUGUAAAGCCACGGCGCUUGUGGUAUGUUUUGCAGUAUCAGCUGAUGGACUUGAUGAACUCUUCCGCGUUAUAGAAAAAGAGGAAAGGAAAACAUAAGUGCCGCUGUGGAAUUCAUACUGUGGCAGUACGUCGUGUCGCGUCGUCAACGUUGUAAUAUGCCGACGCACAACGUCGUCAUCGAGAAAACUGCUCCGGGACAAAUUAUUUCGCUUUAACGUCUCGUUCUCUCCACAUUAAUCCGUUGUCAUCGUCAGGUUGUGUUUUGAUUCGGUAGGUCGAGUCUGUAAUUUACUUGACGGUAGUAUCGCGACGCGUUACGUGUCGUUACGCAGCUUUAACGUUACGUUACACGCUGUGUCUACGUAAACGUAACGCGUUAGCUCAGCGACGCUGCCGUUAGCAAAUUGUAAAACGGGUACGCUGGCAAAUGAUUCUUCGAAUCUGCUUCCGAGAUCCAUGAUUUCGCUGAUCCGAUGAAUCGUUUGCAGACUCGCUCAACGUGAGAGAGAGAGAAAGAGAGAGGGGCAGCAAGAAAGAGAGUGAGCGGGAGAAGGAGACGGCGCGAGAGAGGGGGAGGAAAGAGAAAGAUAGUAUAAGAGGUGAGAUGCAAUGUUAUCGUAAAUAAACAUAAGUCUGUAUCACGUAUCAUCACAAAGAUUGCGGAUUAUUGCCAUUCGUUAUUUUAAAGUAAGUGCGGAGCGCCGCGACAUUGUUGCAUCAUCGGCUCAUCGUCGUGGAUAAUCAGAUUAAUGAUCGAAUACUUAAUAUUUGGAUAAAUAUGGGAGGAGCUGUAAGUUGUGGGCAAGAUAAUGAUGAAUUAGUCGAUAAUUUAAUGGGAUCAGGAUAUAUAAGAACAAAAAAAGUGGAACAAGUUUUUAGAGCUAUAGAUAGAGCAGAUUACGUUCUGUCCGCUUAUCGAGAGGGUGCUUACAAGGACCUAGCUUGGAAACAUGGAAAUAUACAUUUAUCAGCUCCAUGUAUAUAUAGCGAAGUGUUGGAAGGACUUAAUUUAGAACCGGGGUUAAGCUUCCUGAAUCUUGGAUCGGGAACUGGCUACCUCAGCACAAUGGCAGGCAGCACAAUGGCAGGAUUGUUGAUAAAACAACAUGGAGUAAAUCAUGGCAUUGAGUUACAUGAAGAUUGUUUAAGAUACGCAUAUGAAAGAUUGGACGAAUUCAAACAAACAUCAUUAGCUUUAAACGAGUUUGAUUUUUGUGAACCUGUAUUCAUACAAGGAAAUUGUCUCAGCAUCAUACCUGGCAGGCAAUAUGACAGAGUUUAUUGUGGUGCAGGAUGUCCUGAAAGUCAUGAGGCAUUUAUUAAACAAUUUGUACGUAUUGGAGGUAUACUAGUAAUGCCUUACAAGGAUCAGUUACUACGUAUACUGAGAGUGGAUGAAAACACUUGGAUACAGAACACAAUGCUUCCCGUAUCUUUUGCGACUCUAGUCGUACCUCCGUCCUCGGAACACAAUUUGUUUCAUCUGCCGGAGUACAAUCCCUUAUCUCUACAAGAGCUUUGUCGUAGUAAAAUUCGACAUACUCUACGUAAUAAUAUCUGGUACGAGCACCCUGAACUCGAAACCGUAAAGCCUGUGUUACCAGUACAUCAGAGACCGAGUGCGCAACAACGUACCUUGAGACGUUUCGUAAUACCUAUUUUUGAAGAAUCUGAUGAAGCUUUAACUGACGAUGAGCAGGAACUUUCUGGGCGAACGCGUUUUCUACUAAAUGCUCGUCUCGCUGAUGCCCAACCCGGAGAAGCUAUCACGACAAGUUUGCAAUUGGUACGAGCGGUCUUACAUCCAAAUCAGAACAGUGAGGAUAGUGAAGAAACUCAACAAGUUUCCAACGUAUAUAACGAGAGUACUCGAGAUAUUGGUGUGAAUACGGAUUUCCCUGCACGACAGCAAAGACGGAAAUUUGCCGUAAAAAAUACUGUUUCAAGUGUAAGCGCGGACGAUACUAGCGCGGGUCACAGUUCCUCCGUAGCUACCGAUACGAACGAUAACAUCAAUGAAGUAGAAGAGCAGAGUAAAAGAGACAAGGAGAAAGCUAGCGUGGCCACAUACUCCAAUAUGAGCGACAGCAGCGACAGCGACAGCGACGCCGAACAGGAAAGCGCUUUUGUACAACGUAAAAAAAUCGCGAAGCGCGAGAAAACCGACAGCGGUAUAGUGGACGACGCAAACUUCAGCAACGACGAAAGCAGCUCCAGCUCAAGUACCAAUCACUCAGAUUCGGAUAUCACCGAUACUACGGACGCGGGCGACGCGAUGGACGUAGAUUUGCCGGAGAUCGCAAUUUACAAAUCGUGCGGCAACACGUGCCGUACGACGAAAGGCUCUAAUACCGGCAAAGACGUAACCGUUGCGCAUUAUGUAGAUAGCAACGCGUUCGCUAUUUAUAUGAGGGAAAAAAUAGAACAGUUACCGUUGCCUUUUUCAAUAAAAUUGUAUAUGAAUUACAACCGGAAAUUAUAAGCAAAUUAUCACGUUAUCAUUCUUAUUUAAAGAAAUACAUAACUUUUUAUUACGCAAUGAUCUUACGCUGUUUCUUUUUCUCGUGUAUGCGUUUAUUCGAAUUUACGUAAUCCGCACGAGUGUCCUGUGAGUGAUAUUUUCAAAAUAAACUAUAUCGCGUCUCGUAUCUUACGACGCUACUUAAUCGUCGCUGAUAUACCUUCUGCGAUCUACAGAUAAUGAUGAAUCAUUGAUAUAAGAUCUUUUGUCAGCGUCGAAUUAUCUAACGUUCCUAUAUCCUGCAAACAUUUUCUUUUUAACCCGUAAGUGUUCGCGUGGAGAUGUAACUCAAAUGUACCUAACGUACAAACUAUAAAUUUACUAAUACAAUAUAUUACGUAAUAAAAUAUUAUUAAAAAUAUGGAUUGACAUUAAUUUUUAAUGCUGAAAAGUUAUAUAUUAUUUUGUAUUUAAAACAUAAUUUAGUUCAUAAUUAUGUAUGAAAAAUGAAAAAUUUUGGAAAAUAUAGAUAAAUUAAAAUAUGAAUCAAAUUCAUCCCCACACGAGCACCUACAUAAAAAAAAGUUACGCGAGCACUUACAGGUUAAUCUUAUUAUUUUAUGAAAUGAAUAGAAACAAGGUAUAUAGAACUGUACAUGUACAAUUGGGAUAUUUAGGGAUGAGAUUAUUAAAAAGAUUAAAGUCUCAUAAUUUUAUAUAAA